AUGACAUUCGUAAAUAAUUCAUUUAAGUUCGAACUUAAAAAUGGAUGAAAAUAUACAAAAAUUGCAAAAUUAUAUUAUAAGUCCGGAAUUGCCAAUACAUAAUCCGUUGCCGGAAAUUAUACCGCGACAAUGUGAUACAACUCGUCUGCUGCAUUUACCGAAAGGUGCUACCAGCACCAAACUGGUGCCACGUCGUGACUUUCUCACAGGCGAGAUCAUUGAGUUUGUUGAGGUAGAUUUAGCAGAUGUGGGAGCGAAUGCAUGCAAUUCUACCUCAAUGCGACGGGAACCCGGACUGCUUAUGGAAGCAACUCGAGGUUCCGCUAUGAAUUUUCCUUUCUGGCCGGGUGGAUUCGACGAGCCGCCACGAGAAAUCAUGAAACCUAACAUUGACUUGGAUUUAGGCACAGAGCUGCUGACAGUGCCACCAGGAUUUCAAAAAGGCUAUAAUUUUGAGGAUAGCAUGUUGAAAGUGAUUUCCGGAGGUACAGUGUUAGGAGAGAGUAAUAACGUCAACCUAUUAAAAAACCUGGAAAAAGAUCUCGAUGUUCAGGAAUGGCUUAAACUGACAGAACAACCUACGGAAGUAGAUUCUGUAACUGAUUUUAAUAACUCAGCCGAAUUUAAAGAUGUUGAAGAGCAGAUUAUGAGCGCAGACCUGAAACCCGUACUUGAAAUAUCGAAUACAAAUACAAAAUCGGCAUUUAGCAGCGAAUGGGCUGAAAUGGUAGAUAUUUCACAGCCUAUUUUGAACUUCAAAGAGAAAAUUCCGUGUCCCGCCAUGACCUACCCAUUUGAGUUGGAUGUAUUUCAGAAGCAGGCUAUUAUUAAAUUAGAAGAGCGACAAUAUGUCUUUGUUGCAGCGCAUACAUCUGCCGGUAAAACAGUAGUGGCAGAGUAUGCAAUAGCCUUGUCACAACGGGACCUAACGCGCACAAUAUACACUUCACCUAUUAAAGCGCUGUCAAAUCAAAAAUAUCGAGACUUUAAGAAAACUUUUAAAGACGUUGGACUAAUAACCGGCGAUUUACAAAUUGAUCCCACUGCUUCGUGCCUUAUUAUGACCACGGAGAUUCUACGGUCAAUGCUUUAUUGCGGUAGUGAAAUAACACGAGAUCUCGAAUACGUAAUUUUCGACGAAGUACACUAUAUAAACAAUCCUGAGCGCGGUCAUGUGUGGGAAGAGGUGAUAAUAUUACUUCCAGACCAUGUCAAUAUAAUCAUGUUGAGCGCUACUGUGCCGAACACGUUAGAAUUGGCCGACUGGGUUGGCAGCACCAAAAAAAGAAAAGUCUAUGUGAUAAGCACACUCAAGCGUCCAGUCCCACUUAUGCAUUACCUUUACACCGGCUGUGGUGGAAAAAGUAAAGACGACAUAUAUUUACUAGUAGACGCUGAUGGUAACUAUCUGCAGAAAAAUUACGAGCGGGCGGUAGAGCGCAAAAAAGAAAUGCAAUCCAAAUCAAAGGGUGGUCAGAGUGGUGGUCCGCCAGCAAAAAAUUUCGUAAGCGCUAAGCAAGAUCAAAACAUGUGGAUUGGGCUGAUAGACUUUCUGAAACGCAAUCAAAAAAUGCCCGUCGUCGCAUUUACAUUAUCACGCAAUCGCUGUGACAUUAAUUUACAGGCUUUGCAAUCAGUUGACUUAAAUACUGCCCGCGAAAAAGGUUCUGUUCAAAAAUUCUUUCAGCAAUGCUUACAAAAGCUUAAACCACCGGACCGUCAAUUACCACAAGUUCUUACAUUGAAAGACUCACUUGAGCGAGGAAUCGGCGUUCACCACAGUGGGAUACUUCCCAUACUAAAGGAGAUUGUGGAGAUGCUCUUUCAAUCUGGUUUGGUUAAACUACUCUUCGCGACGGAAACUUUUGCAAUGGGUGUCAAUAUGCCUGCUCGUACAGUUAUAUUUGAUUCGCACCGCAAAUAUGAUGGAAUUGAGGUGCGAAAUCUGAAGCCGGGCGAAUAUAUCCAAAUGGCCGGUCGUGCCGGUCGUCGAGGACAUGAUGAAAACGGCACCGUGAUAUUAUUGUGCAAAGCACAGGUGCCGCCUUCAAUGGAUCUGCGCUCAAUGAUACUAGGCCAACCAGAAAAGCUACAAUCGCAAUUUAUAUUGCGUUAUGCCGUCAUAUUAACUUGCCUGCGCAUUGAAAGCAUUAAAGUAGAGGACAUAAUUCAGUUCAGUUUCAAAGAGUUUAAUCAAAAGCUUCAAAUACCAAUGCAGAAAAAGCAACUGGAAGUGGCGCAAGACAAGUUUUCCCAACUACCCGAACUGGGUGAACACCUACAGCCACUAUGUCGAUUCUACGAACUCGCUCAGGAAUAUAUCACUGAGCGGCAACGUCUCAUGAAAUUUUUGUUAUCACAACCUAAAAUAGCGAAAGAACUGAAAGUUGGUAGGGUACUUGUGGUCACACAAGGCAGACACUACAACAAAUUGGGUAUAAUACUUUCUAUAAAAUCUACUCCAGGAAAAGAUACAGUAUACAGAUUAUUAGUAUUGCAACAUCAGUUUAAAGCAAUUGACCAGAAGGAUAACUUUCACCGCAGUGAAAUGUACUACAAAAUCGUGUCAUUAACUCCACAGCACAAGUUCUUCCAGCCCGAGGGUAUCGGCGGCCAUGACGUAAUCGAUGUAAAAGCCGUCGAUAUAGUUGAGAUUACGAAAAGCACCAUAAAAGUUGAUGGCGAUGUAAUAAUUCGCAAUUGGGAGCAACGUCAAAUCGAACGUUUCAAGGAUACCCCACCAGGUGCAACUGUGGUGAAGGCAGUAAGUGAGUUACAACAACUCAACCAAAAUUACAUAGACAAACCGGAAACGUUGAAAUUCAUGAACAUCUCAAAAGAGAUUAAUUUAAGUCAGGAGAAUGAAUUAGCGCAAAUUCGCUACACGGAGCAUUUGUGGAAGCAGCUUCUCGCAAUAUUGCCUCAUACGAACAUUGCUGGUUAUGAACAAGAAUUCGCCACUGUUUAUGAGCGCAAAGUGUUGGAACGGCGUAUAGAGGAGUUGAAGUUUAAAAAUUCGACUAAAAAUCUCUCACUUUAUCCGGAUUAUUGCAAUAAAUUGAAGGUGUUGCGUGCGCUUAAUUACAUCGAUGAUUUGGACGAGGUUACCUUAAAAGGCAAAGUUGCUUGUGAAAUGGGACAGAACGAGCUAUUAAUAACGGAAUUAAUACUGUGUAAUAUGUUCAAUGAUCUCCAACCCGCGGAAAUUGCGGCUCUGCUUUCUGGUCUAGUAUUUCAAGGAAAAAUCCAAGGAGAACCGGUGAUUCCGGAGAAGUUGAAAAAAUGCGUUAAGGAAUUCGAGGAUAUCAACGAUACAAUUUUAGCCGAAGAACUGCGCCAUCAAACAAUAGUAGAAUCAGAUAAUCGUCUCAACUUUGGAUUACUUGAAGUUGUGUACGAAUGGGCCCGAAAUAAGCCAUUUGCUGAAAUAAUGAAAUUAACUGAAGUGCAAGAAGGUAUAAUCGUGCGUUGCAUACAACAAUUGGAUGAAACUCUACGUGACGUUAAAACUGCUGCCAUUCGUAUUGGCAAUCCAACAUUACAGAGCAAAAUGGAAGAUGCAUCAACCGCCAUUAAACGAGACAUAGUCUUCACCGCAAGUUUGUACACCGCAUUAUGAUUUGCUACAGCAAAUGAACUUCCUGAAAAAAUAAAAAGUUUACGAAAUAAAGAUUUAUACAUACAAUUUUGUUUUAAUUAA